UUCCUUAUAAUUCAUCCAUUCAUUCAUUCAUUUCAUCAUUUUCGUUCUCUUUUCUCCUAUUUAAUUUCUUUAACAAAUCCUUCAAAAUUAACCGCCAAAUUAUGGAGCCAUUUUGCCGCCGAUUGUCUGGCGGCGGCGCCACCACCUCCGCCGCUGGAAUUCAACUUCGGCGGCCGAGGCAGGAGCCUGGAAUUACCGCAGUACGCUACAAUUACAAUUACGAUCCUCUCCGGAAGCGGAGGUCGAUCACGUUGAGAUUUCCAAUGCGGUUGGUGGCGGCGGCGUCGGAGGUGAGGUCCACGCGCGGCGGUGGCGCGUGGGAGAGAUCCGAAGAGGUAGCGGGAAGAGAGAAGGCAGCGGGUCCGUGUUCAUAUGCCGUGGAGGAUGAUACGGCGGUGGCAGCAGCAGCUGCUACAUCAAGGAUGGGCUUAGGGCGGGGAACGGCGGUGGAAGUGGCGGUGGCGGUGGCGGCGACGGUGGUAACCGGAGUGGGGAACAGGGUGCUGUAUAAGCUGGCGUUGGUUCCUCUGAAACAGUACCCUUUCUUCUUAGCUCAGCUUGCCACCUUUGGAUAUGUAAUAGUGUAUUUUAGCAUAAUGCAUAUCCGGCAACAUGCUGGUAUUGUUACCGAAGAGAUGCUGAGUAUGCCAAAAGCCCCUUAUGUUCUCAUUGGUAUUUUAGAGGCUCUUGCUGCUGCCACUGGCAUGGCUGCGGCAGCAAUUCUCUCCGGAGCAUCAAUUCCAAUUUUGUCUCAGAGUUUUCUUGUGUGGCAAAUUCUUCUGUCAAUUAUUUUUCUUGGGAGAAGAUAUAAACUCAACCAACUAUUUGGAUGCUUUCUUGUAACCAUUGGCGUAAUUGUUACUGUAGCAAGUGGAUCAAGUGCUGGGAAUUCAUUAAAAGAAGGUGGUGUAUUUUGGAGCCUUCUGAUGAUAGUUUCAUUCUUUCUCCAAGCAGCUGAUACAGUUCUCAAGGAAAUUAUCUUUCUGGAUGCAAACCGAAAACUGAAGUGUGGCUCUGUGGACCUAUUUGUUGUAAACUCAUAUGGAUCUGCUUUUCAAGCACUAUUCAUAUGCCUUCUCCUCCCCUUCCUUUCAAAACUAUGGGGCAUACCCUUCAGUCAACUACCAACCUACCUUAAAGAUGGUGCAGCCUGUUUCUUGAAUAUUGGUACAUUAUCCAGUGGAUGUGAUGGUGCCCCUCUGCUACCUAUGCUGUUCAUUAUUGUUAACAUGGGAUUCAAUAUUGCAUUGCUUCAUCUCCUCAAGAUCUCUUCAGCUGUUGUAUCUUGUCUGGCUUCCACAUUUUCAGUUCCAAUAUCAAUCUAUGUGUUCACUCUGCCAUUGCCAUACCUUGGGGUUGGAUCAUCUCUUCCAACAGGCUUUGUAGCUGGGGCCAUCAUUCUAGUUUUGGGGUUACUUUUUUAUGCAUGGACCCCUUCAAAUGCUUCCUCACCGAAUGAUGUAUGUUGCAAUUAGUUGACAUUUCAUUGAAGAUGGUACACUACUACAAGAAACAAUUCAUGAUCCAAUUUGUUCCAUGAUGGAUAUAAAAAGAAGAAAGCAAAAUAUUGUUGUUGUUAUAUUAAUUUUAGUUUCAAUUUUUAGUGAAUUGCAAAUUUGCAUUUUUUGGUGAGCUAGGCUCAAAGGGGUAUAAAGAAAGAAGAAAUAGAAGAUGUCUCAAGUUGAAUAUUUUGUGUAAGGUAGGAAAACAGGAUUGAAGAAUAAGAUUUUUUGCCAUGGAAAAAAGGGGGCCAAGACUAAGAUAUUGAAGUGCUACAAAGAGUUCCAAGAUCUUGUUCUUUUACAAAGUAUGGCAUAGUCUAAUUUAUCUAGCAGCCAAUCCCAUUUCAGUGUGAUAAGAUUUUAUUGUAGUGUGUGGAAUGGCACACUAAACACUAAAUAGGGAUAGAAGUGAACUUAAGGAAAUUUUCCAAUUGGGUCCUUUAAUAGUUUAAUAAAUUGAAUUGAUAA